UGGCUUUUAAUAGGGCUCCAAGGCCUCCAACCCUACCUCUCUCUCAACGUCCUCCAUUGAAGCGCAGUUCACGUUCUCCGUUGAAUAUAAUUGUAUCCCCCACUGAAGCAGCUUCUGAGGAUUGAACUAUGAAAUUACACCAGAAGAAAAAGCUUAAAGUAACACUGCCUCCUGAACUUCCUCCUGAAAUACCCGAUGAAGAUAUCGUUGUUUCAGACGAAGAUGUCAAUUUCGUCGCUGAAAAUCGUGCAUAUGCUGGUUUUGUUUCUCGUUUGGACACUAAAUCCAUUACCAAGCAUGUUAAUCGUGUUGCGAAUGCCAAGGAAGAUGAGCUGGAAGAACUCUUUGAGAGACGAUUACGAAAGAAAAAGCUUGAGAAUAAGGAAGAAAAGGGUAUAGAGGUUAAUCGUGUUGAUGCGCUUCCGGUCAAGACCUUGGAUGGGAAGCUUUAUUAUAAGACAGUUCCAAAGGAAGAAAGAAAGCUUGAAACUUCUGACAAAGAAGAUGAAAGUGAUGAAGAUAAAGGUAUUUUUAAAUUAACUAAAGCAGAAAGGAGGGCAAAGUUGAAGAAAAAGAAGAAAGAUGAAAAGAAGCAGGUGAAGGAACCAGCUAAGUCUGAGGAGGAUACUAAGAAUCCUCAGUCUGAGGUUUUGGCUGAGGUGAAAGAAGAUCUCACUGCUGCAGAAGUAGCUGAAACUAAGCAACAUAAAAUUGCAGAGUUGGGUACUGCCUUGCUUGAAGAUCCUGAGUCAAAUAUUAAGUCUCUGAAAGAGCUCCUAAGUUUCUGUAAUGAUGGAGAUAAAGAAAUUGCAAAGGCGGCAUUGUUAUCAACAUUAGUUGUUUUUAGAGACAUAAUUCCUGGUUAUCGCAUUAGGCUUCCUACUGAGAAAGAGCAAGAGAUGGUUAUUUCUAAGGCUGUAAAGAAGAUGCGGUUCUUUGAGUCAACACUUUUGUUCUCAUACAAGGCAUACCUGCAGAGGCUAUUUACCUUACAACCGCUCCCUGAGUUCAAUCGUGUAGCUGUUCGUUGUCUCUGCACUUUAUUAGAUGCCCACCCGCAUUUCAAUUUUCGUCAGAACAUAAUACCAGCUGUUGUUAAGUGCCUGGCUUCUGCAGAUGAUGUUGUGAGGAAGUUCUGUUCUACUACAAUCCAGUCUAUUUUCAAAAAUGAGGGGAAACAUGGUGGAGAAGCAACUGUUGAGACCGUACAGCGGAUUGCAGAUCUUGUUAGAAUUCAUGAUUGUCAAUUGAACCCGGACUCUAUAGAAGUAUUCUUGGCUUUGUCAUUUGAUGAAGAUCUUGCAAGAUCUAAAAAGGCAGAUGAUGAUGAAAAGCGUAAAAGAAAGAAAUUUAAGAAAGGAAAGAAGUCUGAGGAGCAAACUCAACCUACAGCCAGUGAUAAGAAGAAAACUAAAAAGGAAUUACUAUCAAAGACGAGAGAGGAGGUAAAUGCUGAUUUCAAGGCUGCUUCACUUGCCCAAGAUGAAACAGAGCGAAGGAGAAUGCAAUCUCAGACGUUAUCUGCUGUUUUUAAUACAUACUUCCGUGUUUUGAAGCACACAAUACAGCCAGAUACAAUAAGGUUAAAGAGAGCUCAUCCACUACUAAGCUCAUGCUUGAAGGGAUUGGGGAUGUUUUCUCACCUAAUUGACAUAGAUUUCAUGGCUGAUCUAAUGAAGCACCUCAAGAUUCUUGCUUCUGGCACUAAUAUGAAUAAUUCUGAUAGUUCUUUGACAGUCUCUGAACAGAUAGAAUGCUGUAUUGUUGCCUUUAAAGUUAUGAGGAAGAAUCUCGAUGCUCUGAAUGUGGAUUUACAGGAGUUCUUUAUCCAGCUUUACAAUCUCAUUAUUGAGUAUAGACCAGGAAGGGAUCAAGGUGAAAUUUUGGCAGAAGCUUUAAAGAUAAUGCUAUGUGAUGAUAGGCAACAUGAUAUGCAAAGAGCUGCUGCCUUCAUAAAGCGUUUAGCGUCUUCCUCCUUGUGCUUUGGUUCUCCAGAAUCCAUGGCUGCACUCGUCACUGCCAAAAACCUUCUGCAAAAGAAUUUCAAGUGCCGAUACAUGCUAGAAAAUGAUGUGGGAGGUGGCUCGGUAUCAGGAUCAGUUGCGAUAUAUCAGCCAUAUUCCUCUGAUCCUCACCUGAGUGGUGCACUUGCUUCCGUCCUCUGGGAAUUGAAUCUGCUGUCCAAACAUUAUCAUCCUAUUAUUUCAACCAUGGCUUCAAGCAUCUCCAAGAUCAGUACUUCUUCGAAUCAAAUUUAUAUGCCGACUGUUUCUCCUCAGCAAGCUUAUAAGGAGCUGCUAUUGGAGAGUGAACAAUAUAGCAUAAAGAGUGACAUAAAGUUGAAUAAUAAACGAAAAAGAGGGAACAAUAAUCUGUUGGGAGAUGAUGAAACUUCAUUAGAAGUUGAUGAGGAAGCCUUGAGAGAGAAGCUUUCAGAUCACUUUACUGUUGUUCAUGAUAUAGUGGAGAAUGAGAAACUGAGAAGGGAGCUGGGUCUUACUGCACUGUCCCUGCAAUUGCAUGAAGAGUACAAAAAGCAUAAAAAUAGUAAGCGGGAAAGAUCAAAGCAAAAGAAGAGGAAACAAUAGGCACCGAAGUAUAUUAUUUUUGGUCUUCUUUUUGAAUUUUUAUUAGGAAAGAUCAAAUUUUUUGAGGUUGUAUGAUCUGAAAUUUUCUCAGUUUGAGUACAGAACAUUUCGGAAGGAAUGUAGUUUGUUAAUUUGCGUUGUGUUUAUUUUCCUUUUAUUUUUCUUGUGUGCGCAAUAGUAUGUCAUUAUAUAUGUUUGGGAAAUUGGCAACUUGGCAAGAUGUUAUAUCACUUAUAUGAAAGGCGAAGUAUUGUGUAUUA